CACAUGACUUAUAUAAGUUCCCUCAAGAGCAAACCUUUAACAUUUCUUAACAAGCCCUUGCCUGGUAAAACAGUGAAAGACUCCAAGUUCUUCCACUCCUUCCUUGAGAUUCUUGCGUUUCCAAGACAAUGCACUUAGCUAGAUCAAGAUCAUCACAGUCACGAGCACAGGUUGCUCUACUUCUUCUGAUAGUCUCGACUCUUAUAAGCUCAGUAGCUAGUUCUAGUCUAGCUCAAAGUAGCAACUUCGACUCAGAGAAGAUCAGCCCACGACCGAUCGGGGGAGGAUUCGUGACACGAAGCGGCACACGAUUCACUCUCGACGGCCGGUUGUUCUACGUCAAUGGCUUCAACGCCUACUGGAUGACCCGAGUGGCCUGCGAGUCGAGAGAUCAAGUCAGCGGCUUCCUCCGGCAAGCCUCGAGUCUGGGCCUCACCGUGGCACGAACUUGGGCUUUCAACGACGGUGGCUACAACGCCAUCCAGCUCCGCCCCGGAGUUUACAGCGAGCAAUCGCUUCAGGCGCUCGACUUUGUCAUUGCUGAAGCGAGGAGUCAGGGCGUGAGGCUGCUGCUAAGCUUGAGCGACAACUACGAUUCGCUGGGAGGGAAGAGCCAGUAUGUGAAAUGGGCUCGCCAAGCAGGCAUUGCUUGCAGCUCCGACGAUGCGUUCUUCAGCGAGCCCACCAUCAGAUCUUACUUUCGGAACUACAUCCAGACAGUGGUGACGAGAGUGAACACCAUCACCAAGAUCGCCUACCGCGACGACCCAACAAUCUUUGCAUGGGAGCUCAUGAACGAGCCCAGAAUCCCCAGCGAUCCAUCCGGCAACACCCUCGAGGCCUGGAUCAAAGAGAUGUCAUCCUUUAUCAAAUCUCUCGACGCUAAUCACCUCGUCGACGUUGGAAUGGAAGGCUUUUACAAAGAUCCCGCAAGAACAAGGCCGGGAAGCUGGAGUAGCAAUCUGGGCAGUGAUUUCCUGCGGCACAACCAAAUCCCCAGCAUCGAUUUUGCCACUGUCCACAGCUAUCCCGAUCUCUGGCUUCCGGGAGCGAGCAUCGAUGCCCAGCUCCAGUUCCUCUCCUCCUGGGUCCAAGAACACAUCGACGAUGCCACCGCGGUGCUCCAAAAGCCCGUGCUCUUCGCGGAGUUUGGCAAAUCCGACCGGCUCCCCGGCUAUGUCGUGGGGCAGCGCGAUCGAUUCCUCAGCACACUCUACUCCACUGUCUACGCAUCGGCCAGGACCGGCGGCGCCGCGGCGGGAUCUCUCGUGUGGCAGCUCUUCGCGGAUGGGAUGAGCCCCGCCUGGGACGAUGGCUUCCAAAUCUUCGUCUCACAGAGCCCCUCCACUGCCCAGAUCAUCGCAGCCCAGUCGAGGAGAUUGUCCUCGCUCAAUCGAUGAGGAGAUUCUAGAGAUUAGAU